AUGAACGUGAAUCGAGAUUCAGAUGAUAUGUUCCCUAAUGUGUGUUUGACUGAUAGUAGUGAAGAUGACCUUGCAACUGAGGAUCUUGAGACACUCGCAUUUCUUGUGAGGGCUGGUAGAGAAGCACAACAACAGCUUAGACAGCCACAACACAAUAUCGGAUUACGGGGACAUCAAUAUAUUUUGGAAGUUUUGAAUGGGAAUCCAAGAAAUUGUCGCGAGUUAUUCCGACUUGAGGUUGAUGCCUUCCGCGCAUUAUGCAGCUUGUUACGUUCAAAUAGUUUUUUGAAGGAUACUAGAAAAGGGCUGACCGUCGAGAAACAAAUAGGCAUGUUCACAUCGGGAUGCAUUGGUGCAAUUGAUGGGACCAUGAUCGACGCUGUUGUACCUGCAGAGGUGCGUGAGACAUAUCGCAACCGGCAUGGCAAAGUUGCCCAAAACGUAUUGUGUGUAUGUGACUUGGACAUGAAGUUCACAUUCCUGUACACUGGUUGGGAGGGGAGCUCGCAUGAUGCACGUGUAUUCAUCGAUGCAUUGUCUCAGGGCCGCAACGCAUUUCCAAUGCCUCUCGAUGGUCAUUAUUAUCUAGUCGAUUCGGCGUAUCCAUGUACUCGAGGAUUUAUGCCCCCUUACCCUAGAGAGAGAUAUCAUAGAAGUGACCGUCAGGGUCAGCGGGGAUUUAGGGGGUAUAAAGAUUAUUUUAAUCAUCGUCAUUCAUGUAUUCGUAACGUAAUAGAACGUACAUUUGGGGUCUUGAAAUCACGAUUUAGAAUUUUAAGACUCAUGCCUGGUUAUAAAGUUGGGAGGCAAGGGGAUCUGAUCAUUGCAUGUUGUACGUUACACAAUUUUAUUAGAAUGACGAGCCCGAAUGACUGGUUGUUCGAGGAGUGGAGAGAUAUGGAGCUCAGUCCAAGCGGUCGUGCAUAUAGCGACGCCGCAGUUUUAGGAAAUCAUCCUGACAUGACCGUCGAAUCAGCCCGAGCUAUGGCUGCAAUUAGGGAUGACAUUGCCAAACGUAUGUGGGAAGCUAGGAGUGGUCAUUGACUUAUAUUGAUAAAUAUUGACAUUAUUGAGACUAUAUAAGGGUGUAGUUAGAGAUUCAAAUGUAUUGCAAAUUUUAUUUUGG